CUAGCAGCUAGCAAGCUGGUGAUCUGCGAUUCGCGACGUACUACAGCUACUCAAAAUUCGAGCUAGAGAUCCUGCUCUACCACUUUCGCUACCCCCGGGCCCGCGGUCGUCAUGUCGCGUAGACUCCCAUUUCCUCGGCUUUCUCGCCCUGCCUAUCUCGUCACCGGCGCUAUCUUGGUCUUCCUACUCCACACCCUCUUCAUCCGCUCCUCAGAGUCCCCUUCCUCCCCCAUAUCCCCCGGACGAACUCUCUCUCGACUCUCUUCUCCUCUCCUCCCACUCCGAGGUUCUUUCUCCCCUGACACUUCCGCACUCCUCCCCGGUCAUGAGCGAUCGUACGAUGUGGACAUCGCCCCGUCAGGACUUACUUCGUUCCAUCCAGGAGAUACCAAGCACCCUAUCGAGCUUCUCAUCGAACGUGCCAAGAGACAAGCGGAUAGUAUCGAUGCUCAGAUCGAAGAGGUCACUUCUCUGGAGGACUCUGUGGAUGAGUAUGAGAGGGGGUAUGGAAUGAAACCUCCCAAAGGGUUUGACAGGUGGUACGCUUUCACUCGAAGGGGUCCAGUACCGAAGCCUCCUGCAGUUGCACCACUGCUCUCUGCCGCACACAACCCCGUGGUUCAAUUUCUCAGUCAUCCUGCUGCUGUGCUGAGAGAGAGAGUCAAGGAGGAGGGAAAACAAGCCCAAAUGUUCAGUCUCGAAUUAGUACCGGACGGUCAAGGGGACCCCGGUACAGCCUGUACGGCGGAUCAAGAGUGGACAACUAGGGAUUGGCGGACGAGAGGAAAGGGAAUGGUCAAAGUACAUGGAGACGGAGGAUGGAAAUUUCGAUGCAACAACACACUUUCUCUGCUUCUACCCAUCUUCCCUCUCAUGCCCAAGGAAAUGUUCCAUCUUGACCCACCUCUGGAAAUCUUGUUUGCAGUCGACGACGCUCCUAGAGGGAUGGUGCAUCACUCUUUCCGAGAGAGAGGAGAGGCGCUGGGGAGAGCUAUGAAGUUGUGGCCAGCGACUGCCCUUCACAAAGCGGAACAAGCUAUGCGUUGGACAUAUGGCUGGGUAUGGGCCUGCCCCGAUGACGCGCCGCUUCGCACUCAAAGCACUGACACAGUGUUGAACGAUAUGAGACCUGCACAGAUGCCAGCAGGUGUUGAACAGCUUGUCCAGCCAAAGACCUUCAUCGCCGACUUUGUCAAGUCUGCCGACGUCUGUUACAACCCUGAGCUCAUGUCAAUGAAUCGAGCUGCAAGGGAAUUGGGUCUGUCUCUUGCUACAUGUCGCUAUGUCCAUAGCUCUGAUCUUGUGUCGGCACCUUUGGAUGGUGUAUGGGAAAAGGUUGCAUAUAUACCCUGGGAAGAAAAACCGAUACGCAAAGCAUUCUGGCGAGGAACAGCCACUGGAAGUUUUCACAAUAAGAAGAUCCCUUGGAGAGGGUCGCAACGUGAACGUUUACACUUCCUCGCGCACAAUAAUUCCGAAGCCACAGCUCCAAUAUUGGUGAAGCGCGACGGUCGAUGGGUGACGGAAUCAUACCCAGUCCAAGAGAUGAAUGAGGCGUGGCUAGACGUUGGAUUGAGUGACGGACCAACACAGUGUAGCGAAGAAGACGGUAGCUGCGACGAGUUGGAGAUGGAGAUAGAUUUCAUGCCUAGAGUCAGAAAAGAGGAUGCCGUCAAGUACAAAUACGUGAUCGAUGUGGACGGGAACGGAUGGAGUUCUCGUUUCCGUCGUUUGUUAGCUGGCAACAAUGUGGUCCUCAAAUCCACUGUCUUUCCGGAAUGGUUCAAUGACCUAAUGAUACCGUGGUAUCACUACGUACCUGUCAAGAUCGAUUAUUCAGAUCUGUACGACAUUCUAGCUUUCUUUAACGGUCCGCCAGAUGGAUCAGCCCCGGGUAGAGACGACCUAGCUAAGCAAAUCGCCGAACAAGGAUAUCGGUUCACACAGGAGAAAUGGCGGAUGCAAGAUAUGCAAUCGUACAUGUUUUUGCUACUUUUAGAGUAUUGGCGCGUAUUAUCCGAUGAUAGAGAGGCCAAUUCAUAUCAUUCAUAGUUCAUAUAACAUUCCGGUGUAUACGGUAUCAUCAUAUCAUGAGAGUCACACGAUUAAUG